UAGUAUGUAUGUACAUUAAAAACGAAUGCACUAACGCUGACAUGCCGUACGCCCGCUCAGUAAAUCGUCUCUCCGUUUUCAGUCGCCUGCUGACCGUUCAACGAUCUCGUGUUAGUUACUCGUUGAAACCGUGUCGUUUGUUCUUCGAAUUAUUGUCGGCGUCCAUUGAAUUAUUUUCGUUUAAAUCAGUGUCUGUGUCAACAUCAUAUUAUAUCGUACGACCCGGUGAAUUUUAAAUCCAAUUUAACUUAUCUUUGAUCUGCUUUAACUUCAGUGACCGAUGCGUUUAGAUUCCAUGUCGACGUAAAGGGAAGUCAGUAUGUCGCAGUCGCAGUACUCUCGUGACACGGUCAUCCAUCUCGUAUCUGGAGGGUUGGCUGGUACGACCGGUGCUGUGGUUACAUGUCCAUUGGAAGUGGUCAAGACUCGGUUGCAGUCAUCUUCUAGCUUUGGUGCUACUCGCUAUGAAUAUGUACCUAGAAUUGCAUCUGAAGACAGUGGCGGUAGUCGCAUGACAUGUAAGACAAUCUCGUCGCUGCAGCGACGACGAUAUAACACCUUGAGCGGCGCUGGUGGCCGUCACUCCAGCACACAAAUACUAACAUUUUCUCAAUGUGGUGUAGGCAGCCAGAAUACCAAAUCAAUGGGACUCUUACAGUGUCUCAGGCACAUAGUAAAAACCGAAGGCCCCAAGGCUCUGUUCAAAGGACUGGUGCCCAACAUCGUGGGCGUCGCUCCGUCCAGAGCCAUAUAUUUCGGGGCCUACGCACAAUCCAAAAAGUUUUUCAACACCGUACUUAACCCGGACACACCGAUAGUACAUGUACUAUCGGCGUCUUUUGCAGGUUUUGCUUCAUGUUCAGCAACGAAUCCUAUUUGGCUGGUCAAAACUAGACUACAGUUGGACUUGAACAAAAAUGGAAAAAGACUCACCGCUGGUCAAUGUAUCAGGCGAAUAUAUAGGACUGGGGGCAUAAAAGGUUUCUAUAAAGGUAUUACAGCAUCGUACUUUGGAAUAUCUGAAACUGUUGUGCACUUUGUCAUCUACGAAGCAAUCAAAGCGAGACUGAUAGCAGCCCGUGUUGGACUUAAUGAGCCUGAAGAUAAUACCAAAACCUCCAAAGAUUUCCUUGAAUUCAUGAUGGCUGGUGCCAUUUCUAAGACUGUUGCUUCGUCCAUCGCCUAUCCUCACGAGGUCGCUAGGACCAGGCUCCGGGAGGAAGGUACCAAAUAUCGAAGCUUCUUCCAGACUCUGUUAACGGUUUACGGCGAGGAGGGCCCAAGGGGACUAUACCGCGGCCUGACCACGCAGUUGGUCAGACAAAUACCUAACACGGCCAUUAUGAUGGCAACAUACGAGGCUGCUGUUUAUGUGAUGACUACGUAUUAUAGUCCUAACGAGGCUGUGUUUUACGAAGAUACUGAUGAUCGUUACGAGUGAUAUUUAUUGCCAAUAUAUUAUAUGGUUGAAGAUCUCAACGUAUCGCAAUUCUAGUUAUGUUGACAUAGUCGCCUACUACCCGAAAAUUUGCUCCAUUUACUAUUGAACAAUCUGCGCACAUAAGUUACUGAAGAGCAUAAGCCACAUUUAUUUAUUACGUGAUAUAUUUAUUGUAUUCCAACAAUUUUUUUUUUUUCAUAAGCCUAUUCUCUCAUCACAUCCCUUUUCUUGUUUGCCUUCCUAUUAAUUUUCUUUUUUAUAUACUUAUAUUUAAAAUUUAUUAGUUAAGCAUUUGUUUUUUUAGUUCAUAAUUUUUAAGCUGUCUGUUAGACAAUUCAACCAAUAUUAUUAUUAUUAUUAUUAUUAUUAUUUAUUGGCGUUAAUUCUAUUUAUUAUAUAAUUAAAGUCAUUAUUAUUAUACUUAGUUAAUAUUUAUAAAACUAGGUAAUCUACAUCUAUAAGUCUACAAGCGAGUCAGUCAAAGACGAUCCUAAAAUAUACACAUUUAAUACAUACAGCAAUAGUAUGAGUAGUAUAACAUUAUAUUAUACCAAAAUGAUUAUUAUUAGUAUAUUGUAUGUAAUAUUCAAAAACAAAGGUUCCAAUGUAAUGGGUGCAGAGGAAAUUAAAAUUAAAUUAAAAUAUUACUGUUUAGAGAUGAAAUUGUCGAGUAAGAAAUACUAUAUCUUAUGUGCGUGUAAAAUAUAGUCUUGUUUAUAGCGUAACAACUAUUAUUAAUGUUAUCAAAACAUAUAAAUUUGUUUUUAUUAUUGUAUUUUGUGUAUGAGACAAUGUAAUCAUUUAUGUACUUUUGACAUAUUUUGCUUUUAGUAUAUUAAAAUUGUUUAUAAAAGAAACUA